CAAUCUCCCCCCUCGGACCAUCUCCGCUCGUGGCUCGCUUCCUCCCCCCAACUGUCCCGUCCCCAAGCAGCAGCAGGCCAGCAGCAUCCCGCCCCACCACCCUCCGUUGCUUUUCCCUUUUCCCAGCGCCCCGACUUGAUUCCAAGCGCGUCGCCGCCUCGCCGGCCCGGCCGCCGGGACGACGGACGCGGUCGUGGGACGGCGGACGCUAAGCAGCAGCGUCCAGGAGCGGCGCGCGCUUGAUGAGCGGAGGCGCCGCGGGCGAGCUAUUGUCGUCGCGCGCCGGAACGGCCACGGGCGAGUGGCGACCCGGCUUCGCUGCGCCUAGCUCGCUUACGGGUGCGCACGCCUCGCUGCUGCUGCUGCUCCCCUGAUCAGGGAUUUUAUACUCGCCGCCGCCUCCGCCUCGUGCCGCUUACUUUAGUACAGGAAAGGCGAGGGAGCCUUCCUACUGGAUACUACUACUAGUCGAUAAAAGGUUGGAGGAGCGACAAAAGGGAGGUGGAUAUUCGCGAAUCCGGAGGCGAGAUUUGGAUCGGGAUCUCGCCGGGAUGAAGGACCAAGGAUCGGCCGGCGUCUCGCCCGGCCCGCCGGAGGGGGAGAAGAAAGCCAUCAACUCGGAGCUGUGGCAUGCUUGUGCUGGGCCUCUGGUGGCGAUGCCACCGGUGGGAAGCCUUGUCGUCUACUUCCCACAGGGCCACAGCGAACAGGUUGCUGCUUCGAUGAACAAGGAGGUUGACGUCAUCCCGAAUUACCCGUCUCUUCCUUCUAAGCUGAUCUGCAAGCUUCUAAGUCUCACCUUACAUGCAGAUUCUGAAACUGAUGAAGUUUAUGCUCAAAUGACACUUCAGCCUGUUAGCAAAUAUGAUCGGGACGCUAUGCUGGCAUCUGAACUGGGUCUGAAGCAAAACAAGCAGCCAAUGGAGUUCUUCUGCAAGACGCUGACAGCGAGCGACACAAGUACUCAUGGUGGAUUCUCGGUGCCACGUCGUGCAGCGGAGAAGAUAUUUCCACCACUAGACUUUGCGAUGCAACCACCUGCCCAAGAGCUCAUGGCCAAGGAUCUUCAUGACAUCUCAUGGAAAUUCCGGCACAUUUUUCGAGGUCAACCGAAGAGGCACCUUUUGACAACUGGCUGGAGUGUCUUUGUCAGUACAAAAAGGCUUUUAGCUGGUGAUUCAGUUCUGUUUAUAAGGGACGAGAAAUCUCAGCUUCUCUUAGGCAUACGCCGUUCCACCAGACCCCAACCAGCACUAUCAUCAUCAGUUUUAUCGAGUGACAGCAUGCACAUUGGGAUUCUAGCAGCAGCAGCCCAUGCUGCUGCAAAUAGUAGUCCAUUUACUAUUUUCUACAAUCCAAGGGCAAGCCCAUCAGAAUUUGUCAUUCCUUUGGCAAAAUAUAACAAGGCGCUGUAUACACAAGUUUCUCUUGGAAUGCGGUUCAGAAUGCUGUUUGAGACUGAGGAUUCAGGGGUCCGAAGGUAUAUGGGCACAAUCACAGGUAUUGGCGACUUGGAUCCAGUGCGGUGGAAGAAUUCUCAUUGGCGAAACCUUCAGGUUGGCUGGGAUGAAUCAACUGCCUCUGAGAGGCGCACACGUGUUUCAAUAUGGGAGAUUGAACCAGUUGCCACACCUUUUUAUAUAUGUCCACCGCCGUUUUUCAGGCCAAAACUCCCUAAGCAGCCAGGAAUGCCAGAUGAUGAAAAUGAGGUUGAGAGUGCUUUCAAAAGAGCCAUGCCAUGGCUUGCAGACGACUUUGCCCUGAAAGAUGUCCAAAGCCAAUUGUUUCCAGGCCUGAGCCUAGUCCAAUGGAUGGCUAUGCAGCAGAAUCCUCAGAUGCUACCAACCAGUGCCCCAGCCGUGCAGUCGCCAUACUUGACCUCCAGUGCAUUGGCUUUGCAGGAUGGGAUGGGCACUGGCAAUGAAGACCCAACCAGAAGAUUGAAUAUACAAGGCCAAAAUAUUGGUUUACCUAACUUUCAGGUUGGUUCAAAAAUAGAUCACUCUGUAAUGGCUCAACAUCAACAGCAGCCUCACCAGCUAUCACAACAGCAGCAGGUCCAGCCAUCGCAACAAAGUUCUAUGGCUCUACAGCAACAGCAAGCCCAGUUACUGCAGCAGAAUGCCAUUCAUCUCCAGCAGCAACAAGAACAUCUCCAACGACAGCAGUCACAGUCACAGCAGCAGCAAGAACAUCUCCAACGACAGCAGUCACAGCCACAGCAACAGUUAAGAACUGCUGAGGCAAUGGAGCAGCACAAGCUGAGAGAACAACAGCCUCAAGGUGGGCAGGCUGUUUCACAGGCACAACUGUUGAGCCAGAUCUUCCAGCCAUCUUCAUCUCAGCUACAACAGUUGGGUUUGCCCAAGUCACCUACCCAGCGCCCAGGAUUUCCAGGUUUACAAACUGCGGGUGCUUUGCAACAACCAGCUCUGACUCAGACACCGCAGGUCCAGCAAGCAGCAGAAUAUCAGCAGGCCCUUAUACAGAGUCAGCAACAGCAAUUACAACAACUAUCACAACCAGAAAUGCAGCUGCAGCUGCUUCAAAAGAUUCAACAGCAAAAUAUGCUCUCUCAGCUGAACCCACAACAUCAGUCCCAGUUGAUUCAACAAUUAUCUCAGAAAAACCAGGAAUUUCUUCAGCAACAAAUUUUGCAACAUCAGUUAGGCGGUAGUGAUGUUUUGGGUCAGUUCAAGCAAUCUCAGCAAACACCUUCAAAACAUAUGACAGGAUCUCUGACGCCCCAGCAGCUUGUGAGGUCUCAAUCAGCACUUGCUGAGAGUGAGGAUCCAUCAAGCUCAACUGCUCCAUCUGCUGGCCGUAUUUCUCCAAUGAAUUCGUUGAGUAAAACACACCAUAGUAGCAGGAAUUUAACUGAAAUGACAACAUCACCACAUAUUGACAACUUACUUCAGGAAAUCCAAAGCAAGUCAGAUAACCGAAACAAGAAUGAUAGGCAGGGUAGCAAAGAAACGAUCCCUGUGCCCAAUCGAUACCCAGUUUCAGAUCAACUUGAUGCAUCAUCUGCCACCUCCUUUUGUUUAGAUGAGAGUCCUCGAGAAGGCUUUUCCUUUCCUCCAGUUUGUUUGGAUAGCAAUGCUCAAGUUGAUCCAAGAGAUAACUUUCUUAUCGCGGAAAAUGUGGAUUCAUUAAUGCCAGAUGCCCUAUUGUCAAGAGGGAUGGCUUCAGGAAAGGGUAUUUGCGAUCUGCCUUCUGGACAAAGGGAUCACAGGGAGGUUGAGAAUGAGCUAUCCUCUGCUGCAUUCAGUUCCCAGUCCUUUGGUGUGGCUGACAUGUCGUUCAAGCCUGGAUGUUCAGGUGACAUGGCUGUUAAUGAUGGUGGAAUGCCAAGCCAAGGAUUGUGGAAUAAUCAAACACAGCGGAUGAGAACUUUCACUAAGGUUCAAAAGCGUGGAUCUGUGGGGAGAUCAAUCGAUAUCACACGGUAUCGAAACUAUGAUGAACUUCGGCAUGAUCUUGCAUGCAUGUUUGGUAUUCAAGGGCAGCUUGAAGAUCCCUAUAGAAUGGACUGGAAGCUAGUCUAUGUUGAUCAUGAGAAUGACAUCCUCCUUGUUGGGGACGACCCCUGGGAGGAAUUUGUGAGUUGUGUGAAGAGCAUCAAAAUAUUAUCAUCUGUUGAAGUACAACAAAUGAGUUUGGAUGGCGACCUUGGUGGUAUUCCUUCCCAAACACAAGCCUGUAGUGCUUCUGAUGAUGCAAAUGCAUGGAGGGGUUCCUAAUGUAAAUACCAAACAAUCUGUUUCUUACCAUUGAUAAAAGGAUAGUGAGAGAUUUAAGGAUCCAAUACACACCUAGUGUUGUUCUGAGGUUAGACCUAGAGCCAACUCACUAACACAAUUGAUCAAAAUACUUUUGGCAGAAGAUGUCCAGUGGCGCCUUAUUUGGGAGCUCUUGACGUCUUGUUUCCCACCAAAAUUGGGUAACUUUAAUUUCUUUCCUGGCACACAAAAUUGCUUCGAAUUUCAUUAGCUACCCCUUUAUACUGGAUUCCAGUCAUUGUAAUUAGAUGAGUUGUUCAACUAUCUGACUGUAUAUAUGUGCCGUUUCUGUACCUCCCAAAGUUAGUUCUACUACUGAAGUAAAAAAGUUGUAUUGUGGCAACAGAAAAUUUGUUUAUUUGUUCUGCAUUGGUGUUUUGUUGAUUA